UAACAUCAUCACCAUGGCCGCGACCACCAACCCCAUCGCCGCGUUCUUCGCCGCGGCGUGGUGGAACAUCCUCACCCUCGUACACUCGGGCUGGGUUUUCCUCCCCUGGAUCCGCCCACACUGGACGGUGGACCAGAUGGCCGACCAGCGCGGCCGCGUCGUAGUCAUCACGGGCGGGAACAGCGGGACGGGCUACGCAACCGCCGCGGCAUACUAUGCGCGCGGGGCGCGCGUGCUCCUCCUCUGCCGCUCGGCUGAGCGCGCCGCCGCCGCCAUCGCGGACCUGCAGCGCGGCGGCGUCGCCAACGUCCUCUCGGAGAUGGAGUAUGCGCCCGUCGACACUUCGCGCGCCGGCACGCUCGAACACAUCCCCUGCGACCUCGCGGACCUGGACAGCGUGGCUGCCGCGGCGCGCGCGAUCGCCGCGCGCGUGCAGCGCGUCGACGUGCUCUUCGCAAACGCGGGUAUCAUGGCGAUGCGCGGGCGCACGAAGCAGGGAUACCCGCUGCAGUUCGGGACGAAUGUUCUGGGGCACCAGCGCCUCAUCGCCCUCCUCCUCCCGCAGCUUCGGACGCCGCGCUCGCGCCCCGCGCGCAUCAUCACCGUCGCGUCUGCUGCGCACGUUUCGGCGCCGCCGGGCGGCGUCGACUAUGCGGCGCUGGACGCGCGCGCCGCGCGCGACGCGUGGCUCGAGUACGGCGAAAGCAAGUGGGCAAACAUCGCGCUCGCGAAGUACAUGCAUGCGCGGUGGGGCCCGGCGUGCGCCGACGGCGUGUGCGGCGUCCCAGCCCCCGGCACCGGCGAGAUCAUCAGCGUCGCGGUACACCCCGGCAUCGUUGCGACGAAUCUCUUCAUGCACAAUGCGUGGGCCAAGUGGCUCAGCCACAAGUUUACGUGGGCGCUGCGCUGUGUCUCGGCGACGGCGGCGACGGGGGCGCUCAACCAGAUUUGGGCGGCGGAAGUCGCCGAUCCUGUCGCGCGAGAGCUUAGCGGCGCAUAUGUGUGGUGUUAUCAGUGCAAGGGGAGGGAGAGGGCCGACUUGGAUGCUGCCGCGGGGGAAAAGGUUUGGGCAUGGUGCGAGACCCAGGUCGCGCGCCAGGAGUAGAGGUAGAUGUAGAGUUGUGGUAGGUGUAGAGGUCGGUAGAUGGUGUAGAGCGGUAAAGGGAUAGGUAACGAGGCAUGCAUAGCUACAGCGCCACG